AUGGUCGGUAGUACAAUGAAUACUAGUGCAAAUGAUAAGCAAAUUGUUGGAGUAGAUGCUGAGGAAUUUAUUGUUGAACGUAUUGUUACUCAUCGAUUUCGCAAUGGACGAAAGGAAUAUUUACUAGCUUGGAAAGGCUAUCCUGAAGAAGAAAAUACUUGGGAGCCUGAACAAAAUUUAGAUUGUCCAGAUCUAAUUGAAGAAUAUGAGAAUCGCAUGCUGCAAAAGUCUCGCUUUAUUCAGGAACCAUCAACAUCGCUUAAACGUAAACCAUCACUUGAUCAAGCUCCGGUGCCUAAUAAACGUGGUCGUCCACCCAAUGAUUCAUUAGCACAUCGAAGUUAUUCUAAACAACAAACGUCAAUACGUACGGAAGAAUCAUCUGCGUUUGACCGAAGUUUAGAAGCAGAAAAAAUCCUUGGGGCUACAGAUACUACAGGCGAAUUAAUGCUGUUGGUUCAAUGGAAAGGUACUGCUGAAGCUGACCUUGUACCAGCUCGAAUUUGUAAUUUAAAAUGUCCACAAGUUGUCAUAAGAUUCUAUGAAGAACGACUAACGUGGAUAACGACACAACAGCAAGGCAACGAUGGACAUAAUAGCAAUACAGAUAAGACUGUUUCAUCCCACCAAAUAAAUACGAAUCUUAUUGAAAACAAUAAUAAUAAUCAGACAACAUUAUAA